UAAGAGGUGUGCUAAAUAUCAUAAAUAGAUUUUUUUAAAAAGAGGAGGCACAAACGGAAACGGGAACCCUGAAGUCUGGAAUGCACUAAAGGCUCCCCCUGCAGACAAUGAACGAGUGGACGCCCAUUGCAAAAGAGUAUGAUCCCCUCAAAGCUGGGAGCAUUGAUGGUACGGAUGAAGAGCCCCACGACCAGGCUGUUUGGAGGGCCAUGACGGCACGGUAUGUCCCCAACCGAGGCGUUUCAGGGGACCCUCACCUCACGCUGUUUGUGGCCAGGCUCAACUUGCAAACCACAGAAGAGAAGUUAAGGGAAGUCUUUUCUCGGUACGGAGACAUCCGGAAGAUCCGCUUGGUUCGAGACCUAGUCACUGGCUUCUCCAAGGGCUACGCGUUCGUUGAGUUCAAAGAGGAGCGUGCCCUUGUGAAAGCUUACCGAGAUGCCAACAAGCUGGUUAUUGACCAAUGUGAGGUAUUUGUGGACUUUGAGCUGGAGAGGACCCUCAAAGGGUGGAUCCCUCGGAGGCUUGGGGGCGGCUUUGGUGGCAAGAAGGAGUCGGGGCAGUUGCGGUUUGGUGGCAGGGACAGGCCCUUCCGGAAGCCCAUAAAUUUGCCUGCCAUGAAAAGUGAGUUUUACGGGGAAGGACAGGCGGAAAAAAGAGAAAGAGGUUGGUCCAGGGACUGGAAAACGAGGAACAGAGACCAGAGGCGCUCCGAACGGGAGUGGUCGCGAGGAUGGGGAGAGAGAGAUGGAGCGCGGCACUCCAGAGAGGAACGGAGCAGAGGCAGAGAGAGGAGAGAUCGAAGUCGGGACCGCAGCUCAAAGAAGCAAAGAGAUGAAGACAGGCACUGAUGGGCCGCUCCCUUCCAGUGCUACGCAGCCACAGAACACCAGUGGAUUAUGGGAAAUUGUGGGCCCAUCUUCAAAAGCAAACUGAGACAAAGGCUGGAUAACUGGCUCGUAAGCUUC